AUGACUCUCAAACAUGAGCCUAUUGCCGUGAUCGGAAUGGCAAUUAAAGUCGCCGGAGCCGAUGACGUGCAAGAGUUUUCGCAGAUGCUGCGCACCGGAAAGUCGCAACAUGAGUUGAUUGGUCCGGACCGUCUCAUGAUGGAUACACUCUUUCGUGAGGAAGAAAAGGAUCCGUCGAGAAAUUGGUACGGAAAUUUCAUCAGAGACGUGGAUGCCUUCGAUCACAAGUUUUUUAAGCGCAGCCCGCGAGAAUCAACCACCAUGGACCCCCAGCAGCGUUUGUUUUUACAGGCCGCCUACCAAGCUGUCGAGCAGUCAGGUUAUUUCACCGAGAGUGACAGCAGUGGCGAUAGGGAUAAAAGGCAUGUUGGGGUCUAUCUCGGAGCUUGUGCUGGUGACUACGAGCACCAUGUUGCAUGCCACUCGGCCAAUGCUUUCACAGCCACGGGCAACCUGAAGAGCUUCAUUCCAGGAAAGGUAUCCCACUACUUUGGGUGGACAGGCCCGUCUAUGACGUUUGACACAGCUUGCUCAGCCUCUGCGGUUGCCAUCCAUACAGCCUGCCAGAAUCUGCUGUCUGGUGAAUGCUCGUCUGCUCUGGCUGGCGGUGUGGCUACCAUGUCCAACUUUCUCUGGUUUCAAAACCUUGCUGGAGCCAGUUUUCUGAGCCCAAGUGGACAGUGCAAGCCGUUUGAUGAUGCAGCAGAUGGAUACUGCCGUGCAGAGGGUAUCGCCUGUGUUUUCCUGAAAAGGCUGAGCCAUGCUCUGAAGGAUGGAAACCCUGUUUUUGGGUGUAUUUCAAGCACAGCUGUGUACCAGAAUCAAAACUGCACCCCUUUGUUUGUACCAAACUCUCCGUCUCUUUCUCAGCUCUUCAAAGAUGUCAUCGCCAAGGCAGGUCUCAAACCGGGCGACAUCUCGCUUGUUGAGGCCCACGGAACAGGCACACCUGUUGGUGAUCCCGCUGAAUAUGAAAGUAUUCGCAUUGCCAUUGGUGGAUCGAACCGCGAUACAAUACUGCCCAUCGGUUCCGUCAAGGGGCACAUUGGCCAUACCGAGGGUGCUUCGGGCGUUGUUUCGCUAAUCAAAGUGAUCCUCAUGAUGCAGGAAAAGUACAUUCCUCCCCAGGCUAGCUUCUCCAAGAUGAGCUCUCACAUCAAGGUGACGCCUUUCGACAUGAUGGAAGUUGUCACUAGCUUACAGCCUUGGAGCGGGGACCAAAAGGCUGCCCUCAUCAACAAUUACGGCGCCAGUGGUUCUAAUGCUUCCAUGGUAGUGACACAAGCUCCUGUCACUCAGCUUGUUGAGAAUCCAGCCUUGUCAUCUAAGCCAGUGCCGUUUCGUAUUUCUGGCCAUGAUGGCCGCUCAAUCAAGUCAUUCUGCGACAAACUAUUAUCUACCCUCGAGCAAAAUUCACAUUUUGACAUCAAAGACUUGGCGUACAGCGUCAAUCGGCAAUCAAACCCCGAUCUACGGCGUCGUCUCACCUUUAGCUGCCAGUCCAGAGCUGAUCUUGUAUCAAAGCUUUCCGAGAUUGCGGCCUCGACGGACGAAUCACGAAUAGGAAUAGAGAAUUCCAUCGUACAGCGUCCGGUCAUACUCUGUUUCGGAGGCCAAGUAUCUACAUUUGUGGGCCUUGACCGAAAUGUCUAUGAUGCGAUUUCAAUAUUGCGUUAUCACCUCGAUCAGUGCGACGCCCGCAUGCAAUCACAAGGUUUCGGCACGAUAUACCCGGGUAUAUUCAUGCGUACUCCCCAAGAUACAGUCCAGCUUCAAUUGAUGCUUUUUGCUUCACAAUAUGCUUGUGCCAUGGCUUGGCUCGACUCUGGUCUUUCCUCAAAGGUCGUCGCCUUGACGGGACACAGCUUCGGGGAGAUAACAGCUCUUUGUGUCUCCGGUACCCUUUCGCUAGAAGACGCCGUCAAACUUGUCGGAAGCCGUGCCUUAGCAGUGAGAGAUCAUUGGGGUGUUGACCACGGAGCCAUGAUGGCAGUGGUAGCCGAGGAGGCCCAGGUACUUCAGCUUCUUGCUCAAGCAAAGGGGCCAGAUGAGGCGGCUGAAAUAGCAUGCCACAACGGGCCUCGCAGCUUCACACUUGCAGGACCAACAAGAGCAAUCGAGAGGGUCGCUGAUGUGAUCUCAAAAAAUGCCAACUUCCAGUCCAUCAAGUUCAAAUGGCUCAAUGUCACAAAUGCUUUCCAUUCGAGCCUGGUUGAUCAUCUGACCCCGGAGUUGGAAAGCAUUGGUAGAGAACUAGAGUUCAGGGAGGCUACCAUACAAGUGGAGCGAGCAACCCGUACCAGGAUCGACUCCAAACCGGAUGGUAGCUUUGUCGCCCAGCAUAUGAGAAAUCCAGUUUAUUUCAACCAUGCUAUACAGCGGCUGGCAAACGAUUACCCCGCCGCCGUGUUUCUCGAAGCGGGAUCGUCUUCAGGUGUUACCAUGAUGGCGAGCCGUGCCUUGGAAGGACAUAACAACUUCCCUUCACAAUACUUUCAAGCAAUGAACCUUACAAGCGACAAGGCGUUGGACAAUCUCACGGAUGCCACCUUGUCCUUGUGGAACCAGGGGCUUUCCCUUGCUUUCUGGGGUCACCAUCCAUCUCAGAGCAGCGAAUACACCACGAUGAUACUGCCGCCCUAUCAAUUUGAAAGGUCUAAGCACUGGCUUGAUCUCAAAUCCCCUCUUCAAGCUGUAAAUGCUGCCGCUGCUGCACUUGCACCUCCAGAGUCCACUACCGAAGGCAAUGCAGCAGUACAGAGCAAAUCGGACGGUCUGUGGAGUUUGGUUUCCGGCCACGAGGAUAGCCCGACGUUCCGUAUCAACACAAGCUCAGACAAGUUCAACAGCUUCAUAUCGGGUCAUAUGAUUGCCCAAACUGCUCCCAUCUGUCCUGCCACCCUCAUGGUUGAUAUGGCCAUCGAGGCACUGUUUAGCAUCAAUUUACAUUGGAGGGAAAGCGGUCUUCUUCCCGUCAUCCAUCACAUGGUUAACCACUCUCCACUCUGUGUUGACCCUUCACUUACUACCUAUCUCAAAUUUGAGCCUCUUAGUGAUCAAGGUACCCACUGGAAGUGGAGGAUCUAUAGCCACGAGUCACAAUCGGAUGGUACUCAUGCGGAGACUCAUGUUGAAGCUGAGAUUCAUAUUCGAGAUCCUUCAGACAGAAGCUAUCAGUCGGAGUUCUCACGGUUCGAUCGACUAGUGACUCACACCAACUGCACAAAGAUGCUUCAGCUCGGUCUGGGUGGGCAGCAAGCUGAUCGGGUUGACGUUUUGACAGGCCGCAACAUCUACCGCACGUUUUCUGAUGUUGUCGACUACGGUGACCUAUAUCGUGGCGUCAAAGCUAUUGUUGGCACCUCCAUUGAGUGCACAGGGCACGUUGUUAAGAAACCCUCUGGCAACACCUGGCUCGACGUACCUCUCAGCGACUCCUUUAGCCAAGUGGGCGGCAUCUGGGUGAAUUGCAUGACCGACUGCGAUCCGGCUGAUAUGUUCAUUGCCACGGGUUGUGAGCUGUCUAUGCGGUCUCCUUUCGUCGAGCAAGAUACCGAUCAGAUCCAGGAGAGCUGGCAUGUAUUUGGUCGGCAUACUCGUCAGUCUGAGAAACUCUGGUUAUCAGACUUGUUUAUCUUCAAUGCCUCAACUGGCGCAUUACGUGAGGUCAUGCUGGGUAUACAGUAUGCGCGAGUCGCAAAGGCCUCUAUGCGCCGUAUGUUGACGAGGCUGACUACUGAUCCGUCAGCUCUCAAAUUGAAGCCACCAACGGAAAUUAUCUCUCAGCCCGCUGAGCCCCUACUCACUCCCCCCCUGUCCCCUGGCCAUGUGACUCAAGGGGAAGGAAUUUCCAAAGCCGAGGGAGCAUCAAUCAAGCCUAAAGCUGCCACCAACCCAGAUAUCACGGAGGACGUUAAGAAGCUUGUGGCACAUGUGGCAGGAAUAGAGGCUGGUGAUAUUACGCUCGAUGCCGAAAUGGCAGAUUUUGGUAUUGACUCACUUAUGGGUAUGGAGGUCGCCCGUGAGGUUCAGGUUGUCUUCAAGUGCACCUUGGAUCAGAAUGAGUUGAUGGAGGCAACAAGCCUCCGCAAGUUUGUCGUGUGCAUAUCAAAAGCGCUCUAUGGCCCCGAUUACGAUAGCACUUCAGCUUCGAGCACCGAUGAAAACAGCGAGUCAUCUGGUAGCUCGGCUGAAUCGAGCAAAGGGUCAAGCUUGUCUACACCCCCCGAGCUCGAUCUGGCACAGAAUCCGCCAAAGCAUUCAUCUUCUAUGGACUCGCAUCCGGUAUCGAGCAAUCUGAAGCUUUCAGAGUCCGAUGUGUUGGCAUCAUUUGCUCAGGUGAAGCUCCUCUGCGAUGAGCACCUUGUAGACUUCAAAGUCGACAACAUCGACCGUGUGGUCUUGGCUGGCUCCAGUAGUCUUUGUGUCGCCCUUGUCGUCGAGGCCUUUGAACAACUGGGUGUCUCUUUAACAAGUGCAGAGCCAGGACAGAUCCUUCAACGCAUACAAUUUCCACCAGCUCACACAAAACUAGUGGACUUCAUCUACAGAUUUCUUUCCGACGAUGCCCGCCUCAUCAAUAUCAACGACGCAACCGGACAGAUCACGCGGACAGGGGUUCCUACGUCUCGCAAAACAAGUUCGCAGAUACUCGACGAGCAGCUGGCGAAGUAUCCCGAGUUUGUGGUCGCCAACAGACUCACCUACUAUGCGGGAUCUCACUUGGCCGAUGUUCUCAAGGGAAAGACAGACGGCCUACGCCUUGUUUUUGGAACUAUCGAGGGUCGUGAUCUCGUGCAAGCAUUGUACUGCGACCACACUUUCAACCGAAUGAACUACAACCAUAUGAAGCUCGUUAUAGAGAACCUGGUGGAGAGAUUCAGGAAGAGUCAGCCUGGCGAGACACUGAAGAUCCUCGAAGUAGGUGCUGGAACUGGAGGGACAACCCACGUCUUGGCGCCAAUGCUGGCAAAGCUCCAAAUCCCCGUUGAGUAUACCUUUACAGAUAUUUCUGGAUCUAUGGUUGCAAACGCGAGACGCAAGUUUGGCAAAUCAUAUCCCUUCAUGAGAUUUGCGGUUCACAACAUCGAAUCGCCUCCAGCCGAAGAGCUCAAGGGUCAACACAUCAUCAUUGGAAGCAACGCUGUUCAUGCGACCAGAAAUCUAGUGACUUCUGCUUCUAAUCUGAGAAGUGCACUGCGCCCGGAUGGCUUUUUGAUGAUCCUUGAGAUGACCGAAGCUGUACCCUUUGUUGACAUCAUCUUUGGUCUCUUCGAGGGCUGGUGGCUGUUCGACGAUGGCCGCAAGCAUGCCAUCAUCGACGCUGAAGAAUGGGAGCGUAAUCUUCACAACGCUGGUUAUGGCCAUGUUGACUGGACUGAUGGAUCAUUGCCUGAGAACUCCUUCCAGAAGGUCAUUAUCGCCCUUGCGUCAGGAAAGCCCCGAGAGAGGUUACCCAAAUCAACCUUCAGCAAGGCAGCAGUUGAGGAGACGGUAAGACAGGAGCGAGAAAGGCAGAGAGAACUGGAAAUCGAAGGUUAUAUUGCCAAGUACUCGGAUGGCUUUGAGGUUCAUAAUGAGGUACAAGGCGCACGACCAAGCAUAUUUAGCCAGAACAAGAAGGCUGUCGUUCUUUUGACUGGCGCCACCGGUAGUCUUGGCUCACACCUAGCCAGCAGCCUUGCGAGUAACGACAAUGUGGAAACUGUUGUCUGUAUCAACCGCCGAAGCAGGGCACCCGUUGAAGAACGACAGGAUGAAGCUUUCAGGUCUCGCGGUAUUACACUCACUUCUGGUCAACGCUCCAAGCUGCGUAUUCUCGAAGUAGAUGCCUCGAGCUCCAACCUAGGCCUCUCCACAUCCGAAUAUGAAUGGUUGGUACAGAACGGGACACAUAUUAUACACAACGCUUGGCCAAUGAGUGGAACUCGUCCUGUCAAGGCAUUCGAACCUCAAUUCCAGGCUCUCCGGAGCCUCUUGGACCUUGCACGCGAUAUGUCUUGUCGCAAGGAUGCCCCUCGUAUCACGUUCCAGCUCGUGUCGUCUAUUGGUGUCGUCGGUCACUUCAACGGUCCCCGAGUUCCAGAGCAGCGUGUCUCUCUAGACUCUGUGCUUCAAAUCGGUUACUGUGAAGCGAAAUGGGUAUGCGAGCGUAUCCUCGACCAGACACUGCACAAGUAUCCAGAUGUAUUUCAUGCUAUGGUCGUGCGUCCAGGACAGAUCGCUGGUUCAAGCACAAGUGGCUUUUGGAAUCCCAUAGAACACUUCGCAUUCCUCGUCAAGUCGGCCCAAUCUCUCCGUGCAUGGCCCGAUUUUGACGGCAUUGUGCAAUGGGUCCCUGUGGAUAAUGUGGCUCAUACCAUGGUUGAUCUCUUAUAUCUGGGAGACAUCAAUCGUCCUGAGCCGCAUCCCGUCUACCAUAUCGAUAACCCGGUUGGACAGCCGUGGAAGGUCAUGUCACAAGCAUUGGCGGCUGCUCUGGACAUUCCGUCUCAGCGCAUUAUCCCUUUCAGCCGGUGGGUAAAGCUGGUCCGGAACUCCCCACUUCCAGCAGAUACCUGGAACCCAGCUGCACGGCUUAUUGAUUUCUUGGAUUCUAACUUCGAGCGCAUGUCUUGCGGUGGUUUAAUACUUGACACUGUCCAGGCACAGGAACAUUCCAGUACUCUUUCUGCACAAGGUCCUGUCACAUCAGACAUUGCUGUGAAAUAUAUAAAAUACUGGAAAGAGAGCGGGUUCUUGGCUUAG